CAUACAAAACGUGGCAAGCCAAGUUGCCAUGACAAUACUUUGUUGACAUUUGGGAUUCAAACAAAUGGAUGCAUGCUAACUUAUGUGCUAGCCCACUCUUGCGAGUGUAGACUAUACUGUAUAUAUAUAUAUGUGAGUCUGGUCGCAAAAAAUAGCAAUGCCACCUAAAAAGAAGGGUGCAAGCAAACCUGCCAAGGGCAAGACACCAACGGUAGUCGAUGGCCUUUCCACCGAAGAGAUGUCAAAGGAGCAGCUCGAGGAGCACAUUGUGCGCCUCCGCGAAGAGCUGGACAGGGAGAGAGAGGAGCGGAACUACUUCCAGCUCGAGAGGGACAAGAUCCACACCUUCUGGGAGAUCACCAAGAGGCACCUGGAUGAGAGGAAGGCCGACCUCAGGAACAGGGACAGGGAGAUGGAGGAGGCAGAGGAACGACACCAAGUAGAGAUCAAGGUCUACAAGCAGAAGGUGAAGCACCUUCUUUACGAGCACCAGAACAGCAUAUCUGAGCUGAAGGCAGAGGGCGUGGUCUCCACCAAGCUCAUGCAGAAGGAGCAGUCCGAGCUGGAGAACGAGCUUCGCAAGGGUACGCGCAACCUGAAGGUGGACUGUAAGGAACAGGAGCUCUCCAAUGAGAACCUCGUCAAAGGCCUUAAACUGAAACACGCAGAAGAAAUAACCAAAACAAGAAACAACUUUGAGAGACAAGUAAGAGAAAUCGAGGCCAAGUAUGAGAAGAAGAUGCAGGUCCUGCGCCAGGAACUGGACCUGAGGAGGAAGACUGAGACCAAUGAAAUCAUCCAGAGGAAGGACAACCAGAUCAACACUCUGAUGAAGAACCACGAGAAAGCCUUCAGCGACAUCAAGAACUACUACAAUGACAUCACACUCAACAACCUGGCCCUGAUCAACUCGCUCAAGGAACAAGUGGAGGAGAUGAAGAGGAAAGAGGAGAGGUUGGAGAAGGAGAUGGCGGAGGUGCUACUCCAGAACAGGCGUCUGACGGAGCCUCUGCAGAGAGCCAAGGACGAGGUGUCUGAUCUCCAGAAACAGCUGGCCAACUACGAGAAAGACAAGGCCUCCCUGGCGGGGGCCAAAGCACGUCUGAAGGUCGCCGACAAAGAGAUGAAGGCCCUGAGAUGGGAGCAUGAGGUGCUGGAGCAGAGGUUUAGUUCGGUUCAGGUGGAGAGGGACGAUCUGUACAAGAAGUUCACUCAGGCCAUCCUGGAGGUUCAGCAGAAGAGCGGCUUCAAGAACCUGCUCCUGGAGAGGAAGCUGGGGGCGCUGGCUCUCAGCCUGGAGAAGAAGGAGGCCCAGCUGAACGAGGUCCUGGCCGCUUCCAACCUGGACCACUCUGCCCUCAGCGUGGUCACACGCAAACUGGAGGAUGUGCUCGACUCCAAGAACACAGCGAUCAAAGACCUGCAGUAUGAGCUGGCUCGGGUCUGCAAGUCCCAUAACGACCUGCUGCGCACAUACGAGGCCAAGCUGAGAGCCUUUGGGAUCCCUGUGGAGGAGCUGGGCUUCAAGCCGCUGGAGAGCCGCUUCUUGGCUGGACAGAACCUGGGACAGGGUCCUGCUGGCCUGGUGUCUGCGUCCACAUGAGAUGUGGCACCCGCCCUGGGCUCCCAGACGCAAGACUUCCCCUGGCCCUCCCUUGGCUCGCCACCCAGACUCGUGACCUAUAGAAUUUGUUUAUCACUGCACAGCUUAGGUGACUGUGAAUGUGUCUGACCUUUCACUUGUUUCAAACGUUGAAAAACCUCCAAGGAUUUGAAAGAUCCAGGAUUCAACUAAGCAGAUGAAAUUGUGUUUCUGUUUCCUCUACUGUGAAUGUCAAAUAAAAGUCAAGU